AUGGCGCUCGGCCGGCGGAGGCGGCGGCUGCGGCGCUGCCGGGCGCUGCUGCUGGGCGCGCUGCUCUCGCUCUCGGGCACCUGCCUCUGCUACAGCCUGCUGCUCCUCUGCUGCGCCCCCCAGCCGCCCCCCGACGCCCGCUGCCCGCCCGCCCUGCCCGCCGCCCGCAAGAAACUUCUGCAGAAGUGGCGCGCCUGCCCCGCCGCGCCGCCCUCCGGCCGCCACCCGCCCGCCCCAUCGUCCCGGCCGGCGGGAGACGGGGGCGGCGGGAGCAGCCGGGCCAAGGCGGCGGUGGCCAAGCGGCUCCCGCACGCGCUGAUCGUGGGCGUCAAGAAGGGCGGCACCCGCGCCGUGCUGGAGUUCAUCCGUGGCCACCCGGGCGUGCGCGCCCUCGGCACCGAGCCCCACUUCUUCGACCGGCACUAUGCGGGCCUGGAGUGGUACAGGCACCUGAUGCGCACCCUGGACAGCCAGAUCACCAUGGAGAAGACCCCCAGCUACUACAUCACCCGGGAGGCUCCCCAGCGGAUCUUCAACAUGUCCCAGAACACGAAGCUGAUUGUGGUGGUGAGGAAUCCGGUCACCAGAGCCAUCUCGGACUACACCCAGACCCUCUCCAAGAGGCCGGACAUCCCCACCUUUGAGGGGCUCUCCUUCCGCAACCGCAGCCUUGGCCUGGACACUUCCUGGAGUGCCAUCCGCAUUGGCCUCUAUGCGCUGCACCUGGAGAGCUGGCUCCAGUACUUCCCGCUCUCCCAGAUCCACUUCGUCAGCGGAGAGCGGCUCAUCACGGACCCUGCAGCGGAGAUGGCCAGAGUGCAGGACUUUCUGGGCCUGAAACGGCUCAUCACCGAGAAACACUUCUUCUUCAACAAGACCAAGGGCUUCCCCUGCUUGAAGAAGGCCGGGGGAGGCACACUGCCCCCUGCCUGGGGGAAGUCCAAGGGCAGGCCUCACGUCCAGAUUGACCCAGAUGUGCUGGAGCAGCUACAGGACUUCUACCGCCCCUACAACAUCCGCUUCUAUGAGGCCGUGGGGCGAGACUUCCGGUGGGAAUGAGAGAGGCCUUGGGGGGAGGGGGACAGGCAGGGGGAGCCGCUUCAGC